GAUGUACAAGCGCAGAGGCCGUCGCAACUGUGGUGCUGGAAUUUGCUGUUAUUACCAAAUUCGCAACCAUGGACGACCAAUCGCAUAAGGCGCAUCGCAAAGCGAAGGAUAAGAAGAAGCCGCACACAGGAGAACGGAACCCCAAAGCCUUCGCCUAUUCUAAUCCGGGCAAGUUGCACAGAGCUGCCGCGCGAUCCCACGAUAUCAAAGAGAAACGCUUCCACGUCCCUCUUGUCGACAGACUUCCCGAAGAAGCUCCUCCUCGAGUCGUUGCCAUCGUUGGACCUCCGGGAGUCGGAAAGACUACACUGCUGAAGUCGUUAAUCCGCCGCUAUGCAAAGGAGACCUUGUCAGACCCGCAGGGUCCUAUCACCGUUAUUACCUCGAAGAAGCAGCGUCUGACGUUUAUCGAAUGCCCCAACACUCUCGAGGCGAUGGUCGACAUGGCCAAAGUUGCCGACAUUGUCCUCCUUAUGAUCGACGGAAACUACGGCUUUGAAAUGGAGACCAUGGAAUUGUUGAAUAUCCUAGCUGCGACCGGUAUGCCUGGAAACGUUUUCGGCAUCCUGACUCAUCUCGAUCUCUUCCGGAAACCCCAAGCCUUGAAGGACGCAAAGAAACGUUUAAAACACCGAUUGUGGUCGGAGCUGUACCAAGGAGCCCAUCUUUUCUACUUAUCCGGUGUUAUGAACGGACGGUACCCUGAUCGCGAAAUCCACAAUUUAUCCCGGUUCCUGUCUGUGAUGAAGAACCCACGCCCGCUCAUCUGGCGAAAUACCCAUCCGUAUACGAUUAUUGACUCAAUGAGAGACAUUACACAUCCGACAAAGAUAGAGGAGGAUAAAAAAUGCGAUCGUACUGUUGUAUUGUCCGGUUACCUCAGAGGCACGAAUUUCUCCUCGGAGGCUCAACGAGUGCAUAUCCCUGGCCUGGGCGAUUUCACAGUAGCGAACAUCGAGGCGCUGCCCGAUCCUUGUCCUACCCCCGCUAUGGAACAAGCAAUAGCAAACGUUACAGGGAAGAAACCCAGGAGGAGGCUGGAUGAGAAGGAGAAGAGGAUGCACGCCCCUUUUUCAGAUCGACACGGUCUGAAAAUGGAGGGUGACGCGGUUUGGUUCACCCGUGAGAAAGGUUUUAAUUUCGACAAAGACAAUGAAGAUGUCGAGAGGGGCGAGGGAGAGGAGCUCAUCAUCGGUCUCCAGGCGGAACGACGAAUUCUUGGUCAGACGGACGAGGGGAUCCAACUUUUCCGCGGAGGCGAGGAGACCAAAACGGUCCCCGCGAAGGAAGACACUGGGAGAAAGAGCCAAAGGACAGCAAGGCUUGCAGAGAGGGAUGGAGACGAAGAUGAGUUUCCGGAAGAUGAAGGCUUUGUCAGUGGCGAAGAUGAGUUUAAGUCCGAUGACGAAGUCGAGUUCAACGAGAAGAAGCUGGGCAAGGUGUUCCGGAAGGAGGAAGACAAGAAACCCGGCGAGGACGAUGUGGCUUGGGCGGACUCUGACUCUGACCUGGGCUCUAUAUCGGGCGAAGAAGCUGAGGAUUCCAACUCUGACUCCGAAGAUGAUGAGGAUGACGAAGCCGGAGCACUCAGAUGGAAAGACAACAUGACUGAGAGGGCAGCAAUGAUGCACGGAAAUCGCCCAUCGUACCGGACCAGUGACCUAGCCCGCCUGAUGUACGACCUGAGUCUUACUUCAGACGAAGUCCUUCAGAGAUGGAAGGGCGAAACUGAAGAAGAUGAAGAAGACAUCGAAGCAUCCGAUGAUGAGGAAUUCUUCAAUAAGGCUCGACAGGACAAGGAAGAUGCUUCAACCGACGACCGUGAAAUCCCUCAACUCGACUACGAGCGACUUGCUACUAAAUGGUCGGACGCGGAUAACAUCGAGUUGCUGCGUCAAAAGUUCACAACAGCCACACUGAAUGGGGCCAAUGGUGAUGAUGAUGGGUCUGAAGACGAUGGCUUUGGAGACGAGGACGAUGAAGGAGACGGCGAGUUCGUCGAUCUUGAAGCCGAAGAACAACCAAAAGCGGAAGCAGAGCCCGAAGAGAGCUUGGAGGAAGCUCGUGCCCGGAACGCUCGGAGGAAAGAGGAGCUCAAACAACGUUUCGAGGAAGAAGACCGCGAAGGCUUCAAGAACGACAAGGCCAUAGCACGCCGCGAAGGUGGCGAUGAUGCCGAGGAGUUUGGAGAAGACGAUUGGUUUGACUCUAAGAAGGCUGAGCUCCAGAAACAGUUGGAUAUCAACAAUGCCGAAUUUGAGGCACUCGAUGAACACCAACGAGUUGCCGUCGAGGGUUUCAAGGCUGGGAAAUAUGCCAAACUGGUCCUCGAGGGAGUUCCUGCAGAAUUCAUCAGUAACUUUGAUCCCCGGACGCCGAUCAUCAUCGGCGGUCUUGCACCGACGGAAGAUAGAUUCGGCUUUGUGCAAGUGAGGAUCAAGCGUCAUCGAUGGCAUAAGAAGAUUCUGAAGACAAACGACCCUUUGAUCAUCUCAUUGGGUUGGCGGCGUUUCCAGACAAUGCCUAUCUAUAGUAUUUCGGACUCUCGGGUCCGGAACAGGAUGUUGAAAUACACCCCUGAGCAUAUGCACUGUUUUGCUCAAAUCUACGCUCCUCUGGUAGCGCCAAACACGGGUUUCGUGGCCUUUAACUCAUUCUCGCCUACUAAUACAGGAUUCCGCAUCGCCGCGACUGGCAAUGUUCUCUCGGUUGACGAGAGUACCGAAAUAGUCAAGAAGUUGAAGCUCACUGGUGCACCUGUGAAGAUUUUUAAGAACACUGCGUACAUCAAGGAUAUGUUCACAUCGUCUCUUGAAAUUGCCAAGUUUGAAGGUGCCGCCAUCAAAACGGUCUCAGGUAUACGUGGUCAGAUAAAACGUGCUCUGUCCAAACCCGAGGGCCAUUUCCGAGCUACAUUUGAGGACAAGAUCUUGAUGAGCGACCUGGUAUUCUUGCGUGCCUGGUAUCCAAUCCGCCCGCAUCGCUUCUACAACGUUGUCACCAAUCUUUUGGGUCCAUGGCAAGGUAUGCGUUUGACGGGUGAAGUUCGCCGUGAUCAAAACAUCCCGACGCCCCAAGAUAAGAACAGCAAAUACCGCGCUAUUGAACGCCCAACCCGCCACUUCAACCCACUCAAGGUGCCGCGAGCACUUGCAGCCGAGUUGCCCUUCAAGUCUCAGAUCGUGCGCAUGAAGCCCCAGCGCCACCAGACGUACACGCAAAAGCGAGCUGUGGUGCUUGGAGGCGAGGAGAAGAAGGCAAGGGAUCUAAUGCAGAAGCUGACGACGAUCCGAAAGGACCAAGUCGCCAAGCGCAGGGCCAAGAAGGAGGAGAAGCGGGUCGUUUUCAGGAAGAAGAUGGAAGAGCAAGGGGAGCGAAAGGAGGCCAGAGAGAAGAGGGAGACUAAGGAGUACUGGAGAAAGGAGGGCAAAAAGAGGAAGACUGGGGAUGAAGGGGGCGGUGGUAAAAGGAGGAGGCAGUAGUAUCAGCAGGCUACUUUGCUUAGUUGUGUUGGAGACGAUGUACAAGUCACAGUUAUUAGCAUCAUCGGCCUUCAGGUUAUAAUAGACUUAGACACACAU